CUUGGCCGUAGACCUGUUUGGAAGCUACACACAUAAUGGAUUUACUCUGAGAACUGGAAGGAUUUGUUACCUCCACGUUUCCUUGCCGUCCAAAUUGCGCUGUAGGGCGAAUUUUACGAGGACUCCAUAAACAUUUUGACAUGAUUCAGAGACAAGAAAUUGUGCGCUCUGUCCUUGCGGAACUGCAGGAUGCGACAGAGUGUGUGGGUCUGGGACCACUGGUCAGAGUGGCUCUGGAAGUGGAGCAGGCUUUUGCCUCUUUCCACCUCCCUGGGUCCAUCUACAAUGACUUCUCAGCCAAGGUGGACAUCGACCAGGUAGCACACUGCCUCUACCCAGAAGAUGCACCAGCUGACAUGCUCCCAGUAACCUGCAAAGGGGAGGGGAAUCUCCUGUUUGAUGCUGCCAGCAUGCUGCUUGUGGGGAACACCGACCUCAGCCUUGAGCUCCAGGUCAGGACAGUUGUGGAGAUGCUGCUCUGGAAGAGAUACUACCUGAAUGGGAUGAUUGACUCCAAAGUGAUGCUACAGGCGGCCCGGUUCUCCCUCUGCACUGAGGAGUCCGCGGAGAUGCUCAGUCUGCCUAUGGCUGUGCUGGAGGCCAUAUUUGAUGCAGAUGUCAAAGCCUCCUGUUUCCCUGGCUCCUAUGCCAAUAUGUGGCACGUCUAUGCUCUGGCCUCUGUCCUACAGUGCAAUAUCUACUCCAUCUAUCCCAUGUACAACCUGAAGAUUCGGCCAUACUUCAACCGUCUAAUCCGGCCCAGGACCUGGCCCCGUGACUCUGGGCCCAUGACCCUUCACAUCAUGUGGUCAGGUGAGCUCGAGUCUAUGAUGGUCUUUAAGCCCCACCAUUUUGUAGCCUUAGUCCAAGCCUGUGACAUUCAGAUGGGAAGCUUCAAAGAUGAACAGCAAGUUCUUCCACUAAAAACCCUAGAACUGUUGAACCAGGAUCCUCAGCUUUCUUACUCCAGUCUCAAAGACAGGUACAACAUCACAAAGAGCACCUUCUACAGGUGGAAAAGACAGACCCAGGAGCACCGGAAAAAAGCUGCUGCCAGGUAUGAGGCCAAACACUUCCUACAGGCCUGCUACAAUGAGGGAAAACUCUUACCCCUUCAUCAGUUCAAAGAAUUCUUCCCUGAAAUUUCCCGCUCAACAUACUAUGCCUGGAAGCACGAGCUGCAGUCCUCUGGUGGCAACUUCACAGUGAUGUCAAAUGGAGAUGAAACCGCAUCCAGAGAGAGCUUUGAGCAGGAUUCUUGGUCAUCCCCUGAGAGUGAUCUCCCGCGUCACUAUGACAGUGUUGCUAACUUCCUCGUCCCUAGCAAUGAGAAACUGGGGGUAGACCGAGCCCAGAAUUUUGCAUUCAUGCAAGAAGCAAAGAAGUGUUUGCAGAGCUGCAUUGCAGUGAACACGUCCUUCCCAUACAGGAAUUUCAAGAAAAGAUUUCCCGGCAUCUCAAGGUCGACUUACUACAACUGGAGGAGAGAGGCCAUGUUGGCUAACCCGGGGUACAAAGAUUCAUUUGGUAGCAGUGAAGACAGCUCAGAUGCGGACAAGAUUCCCAGUCCCAGUGGAGAGUCCUCCCCUGUUCAGCUAGAGGUUCGCUGGCCAGGCCCCCGGGUAAAGCUUUACAGGCGCAAACACAAGAGCAUCCAACUCUCAUUCCUUCAUAAGAAGAAACUGAGGAAUGAAGCCAAGAGGUUGGUUCAAAAGUCCAGAAUGUCUCUCUCAAAAUUCAAACUGAAAUACCCCUCCAUCUCUUCCUAUUCCUACUGGUUUUGGAAGAAGGGCUUUGGUCGAAAACGGGAGCAAAACAGUGUGGCAGAUGUUAAAGCAGAAUGGUCAAAGGGGUCAGUAGCUCCAGAGGAGUACACCGCAGAAAGCCAGAAUGUGCUUUCUUUUCAGAAGAAUGUGCUUCCUUUUCAGAAGAAUGUGGAUCAUUUGAACAAUCAGACCCUGAAUCCUUAUGACAUCACCCUCUCUGGCUAUGCUGUCCCUGAGAAGCACAUGCAGGAGCAAGUGUUUGUCAUGGAUGUGGUGGCCUUAGCCAAUUUCAAAGCUAAAGCGAAAUUAUUCCUUCAGCAGCGUUUUGAAGAAAAGUCCUUCCCCACAUUCAAAGAGUUCAGGUCUUACUUCCCACUUACCCCUCGGUCUACCUACUACAUGUGGAAAAGGGCUUUGCACCAUGGGCUACCAUUAGUUCAUGGCUGAUUUAUCCUGGCAGACAAUGGCUUUUGGACAAUACAAGUUUACAAUUUUAAGUUUUUCCAGUGGAAGACACUGUGGUCUUUUUCAGCUAUCCAGGUGAAGCUUAAAAUCAAAAUUGCAACUAAAAUUGCAUCUUAGGCACGCACUCUCUUCGCCUCCUCUUUAGCCUUGCAUUUAUCAUGUGGACAUUUGCAUGCAUUUCAAUCAAGGCCAUAAGUACCAGUACUCCACUGAAGAGAUCCAGACUUCCUUCGGGCAAAAGACAGUUUGAAAUCCAAGAAUGUCUGUUGCACAUUUGGCCUUUUUCUGUACACUAAUCCCUUCUUUUUUUUCUUUUCUUUUUUUUUUUUUUUUUUUUUCCAAAGUAGUAUGUCAGAAAUAUUCCCCUAUCCCACAGAUUCACAUGGAUUUGCUAGUUUGUCAUUCUGUGUGUUUAUUUCAAUUAAAUGCAGCUCUUCGGUAGUAGGUAACUAACUUCUCAAAUCUAUGUUUACUAGAAAUGUGUAAAAGGCUCCUUCCCAUAUAUUUAAGACUAGCAUAUGCACCACUGCAAAUUAACAUGUCUUAAAAUGUCCCAAAUAUUUCAUCUUAAUUUCCUACAACAGUAAGUCUAUUAGAAUUAAGCUAUGAAAAAGCAGGUAUACAUUUAAAGAUGCCAUAUUAUAAUUGUACUGUAAUUCCAUCUAGACAUAUUACAUCUAACACUUGGCCCUGUGUUAAUCUUCCUGAGUGUUGCUUUUGUAAGGAUGUAUAGAUUUCAAGCAGUACAUUAAUCUUCGAGGUGAGUUUUCACAAGUGACGUUAAUGGUCCUGCAUUUGCACUAUCACAAAAGUUACUUUGGUUGCAUGCAGAUGUGCCUGGGUUUGCCUACACUUUUGCAUGUAUAUUUGUCCCUCAUGAAGAAAUGCACAUCAUGAAGAGGUCAUAUAUGUGCUUAUUUGAUAUAUGAUUGUUUACAGCCUGUUUAUGUUUUCAUAAUGAUUUUUCCAAGCAAUGUUUGAAUUGUAUCAACAUUUGAACUAUUCAGGGUUAAAUUAAUAUAGAUAAAUGUACAAUAUAUCCUAGACUUUUCUUUAUUUCCCUGUCCCAGUUUUUACUUUUUAUUUUACUAUUGCAAUAUGAAUUUGAUUAUUUAUCCUCCCUGGCACCUUGAUGAAGAGUUUGGUAUGUUGAAUUUAGCGGAGUCUAAAACAAAGUUAUCUAUGGUCUUUUGAGGCCAUAUUUUAUUUGUUAUAAAUCUAUUUUUUCAUUUUGGUUGUUGAUCAGAUUUAGUUGCCUGCAUCCCCCCAGUAUAGUAACAGAUGAGUGUCUUUGCUUCAGAAAUUGGUUAAUGUUUGUAGCCUUGUUGUUCUAUCACCCCUUAACCAUGUUCUUGUUUUUGAAUUGUUUUUGUCAGCUUGUAUAUAACUUUUUCAAUCAGGGUUUGUAUAUGACCGAAAAGAGCAGAGUACAUGUAUUCAGUUAAAUUUGGAAAUGUUUCUCAGUGCAAAGCAGGAAAUCAAUAAACCAUCUGCUCAAA